CCAUCUUUGUGCGGCAGAAGCUCGUCAAAGCUUGGCCGAAUGUCAAAUUUCUUUAAAUAAUUUCUAGUGAUUGAUAGUUAGAGGAAAUCUGAAAUAAUCCUCGGACGAGUGUUGGAGCUGUGUCGGACGUUCAAGGCUUCCCGGAGGACGUGGGGAUUUCCGAAAGUGGGACUGUCGGGAUGACUUAACCUAGCGCUCCUAACCUCGAAAGUCGAUCUAGUCCAAUACCGAAUGUCAUGGUUUCUUGCGACGAAACGAAAAUAGAGUUCGUCACGUUGAACGGAAAGUCCGCGGGGAAGGAAGAGUCCGUUGCUUUUGUCGAACAAUUCGUGAAGAAGGUUUGCGAUUUUAGCUCACAGUAUGGAAGUGACAUUAGCAUCUCUUAUACGGCCUACAAUAUCGCUGGGAAUCCAAGCAAGUUUCCUGAUUAUGGAGACUUUCCACAGGCCUUUGUUAUGAGAACUUACGGACGGUGGUGGGAUGAAGCACCGUCCCGGUUAUCUGAUUACAUGCCACAGAACAAUGGGCCGAUAGUUAGUCAGGAUUAUAUAGACGUAGAAUACCACGAAGAGGUUUAUCCCAUCCGGGUGUCAAUAUACGAGACGUACAGUCCUGGAAGCGUAGUUAGAAUUUGGGCAAGGGACACGCACAGCGGUAAUCGUUGGUUUUUGCUAUGGAGCGGACCUCCUCAGAUCGUCCCUCACAAGCCCAGAAUAUUUUCUCCGCCACUUCAUCUUUGCAACUUUAAAACGAAAAUGUUAAGACUGGAAUUUAAUCACACCCUUCUCGAUUAUUAUACGGAAUUAGACGCGAUUUUAUUCAUUGGGACGUCGGAAUUGAUUUUGCCGCAUUUUGGCUUUCAAAACCGAAGUUUAAGUACUCUAUUACGAGAAUUGGGUGGAACAGGCUCUAAUGACAAAGACGCUCAUAACUUGACACCCGAUUACCAGCAGACGAAUCAAGACUUAAAAGAACUUAAGAAUACGCUUCAUAAGCAUUGCGUUUUAUACAAAAGUCAAUUUUUGGAGAAAGUUCCUAAAGGAAAGCUAGUGUCGAAGCUAGCCAUGCACUACCAUUGCAUUCCUCCUAUCGAAGAAGCUUUCAACAGUCUACAACAGUUCCUGCAAGAGGAAUUUCCUAAACUAAUAAGAGACAUCGAUCUCUCUACUUCAUCGACCCUGUCUUUGAUCGAUGAUUCAGCCUCUAGUUGCAGCGGCAUUGUGGAAAAUACCUGUGGCAGCUUUUCAGCACUUCCGGAUGAAACAGUGCUGAAAAUAUUGAAGAAUCUGGAUUUGAAAUCACUAUGCCGCUGUUGCAAAGUGAACAGGCAUUUCAACAACAUAGCUCGAGACGCCUUGCUUUAUACAAGUCUAAACUUAAAGCCGUACUGGUACUGUAUAGAUGCAGAGGCAUUAAAUUACCUUGCCCCUAGAUGUCAGUAUUUACAACGAUUAGACCUCUCCUGGUGCGGUAAUUACGGCGCGGUCGAGCCUGACGAUUUCGUCAAGUUCCUCCAGUCCUGUGGCGGUCCAUUAACUCACCUGCGACUGAACUGCUGCCACUUCGUCAACGAUUCCGUCAUUUUCACGAUUACCGCCGUGUGCAAGAAUCUGAAAGAGCUUUGCUUGCGGAAUUGCACGGCAAUUAAGGAAGGAUUUUGGCACCUGGUCAACCUACACUGCCUAGAACGCCUGGAGCUGUAUCGAACAAAAAUCGAGACGUCACCACUGUGUGCUAUCCUGUCCAGGAACCCGGAGAUGAGGCACUUAAAUCUGGCAGGAUGCGACUGCAUCCCAAAUAUGGACGAGGUUGCGAUAGCAAUUGCCAAUUCCUGCCCUCGGCUUGAAAGUGUUGAUUUUUGGAAGGCUCGGUGUCUGACACCCAACGGUGUCAGGGCACUCACUCGAUGCACAGGUCUACGUGAGGUCGACUUUGGUUGGUGCCUUGGAAUGGGAGCUCCUGGGGAUUCUCUGAGGGCUUUGCUGUCGUCUUGUCGUGCCCUGGAGAAGGUCUUCCUCGCCGCGCUGAGGGGAAUCACCGAUCGCGAUUUGGAACCUUUGCUUCGAUGCCAGAGACUCCAGCAGUUAGAUUUACUCGGUGCAAGGUCUCUUACUCCGGACAUGUGUCUCCUAUUUUUAAUAUACUGCCCAAGAUUGAAAAUGAUAGACUUAAGUUUUUGCGAGGCGAUUAGUGAUGCCAAGAUCCGGGAGUGGCGCUUGUUGUAUCCCCAUGUGUCCAUCAAGAGAAGCUUCCAGGGUAACGGGCUGGAUAUAACUUAACGAAUGCCUCCUUAACUGCCUCUGUAUUUACUGCCCCACGUCAAUUCCUGUGUAAGAAUCGACGUAACGAACUGGAAUUUCAUGUAUCGCAUAAAGAAAUUUCAUUGGAGGGGUUCUGCCAAGUCUGCGGACAUCUUUCCAUGCGAGGUGCAGCUAACUCGAACAAGGUUUUUUUUAUUAGACCAAGAGACAUUCCAUAGCGUAUCGUUAACUAAGCCAUCGACACCUAUGAUAGAACAAAGUUGGCGUACUUGAAUUUUUUAAUAAAGCACUAUUUAUUCAUA